GGCGACGAGUCACGGUCGCGCGAUAAGACGGGUCGGUCCCGCGGUGGAUAGCGCAGCGUACGCACCAGGCACAUCAUCACACAGCGUGAUCACGAUGGCUGAGGUCGUGGAGUGUAACCGAACCGCGGCACAAUCCGACGGUGAAACCAACCACAACACGCCGGAACCACAUCCAAUGAUCAAAUUCAUUGAACUACAGGACAAACAAAACAAGGCAACGGAAGUUGAGAUCCCAGUUCCAUAUGGCAAGAUAGCGGGCAAGUGGUACGGUCCGCAGGAUGUACGGCCAAUCGUCUGCCUGCACGGUUGGCUCGAUAACUGUGGUACCUUUGAUCGGUUGCUACCGCUGCUGCCGGAGGAAGUGAGCUUCCUGGCGAUCGACCUGCCCGGCCAUGGAUACUCCUCGAGGAUACCGGACGGUAUGGUGUACUAUCAGCUGGAUUGUAUUCCGCUGCUGCUGAACAUCAUGCAGGAGUACGGCUGGACAAAGAUCUCCCUCAUGGGCCACUCGAUGGGUGCGAUCAUCUGUUUCAUCUUUACCGCCCUGUUCCCGGACAAGGUGGAUCUGCUGAUCGGUAUCGAUGCGCUCAAACCCCUCAGCUACCGCCGGGAACGGUUUCCCGAGCGAUUGAGCAAACAGGUCACGAAGCUCAUCGAAGCGGACACCCGGAACCGGGAAAAAUCAGAACCACCUUCGUAUGCGUACGAAGAGAUGAUCGAUCGGUUGUAUGCCGGAACGGCGGCCUCGGUAACACGCGAAACUUGCCCGUACCUGCUGCAGCGGAACAUUAAACCGUCGCGCAAGUUCCCCGGGAAGUAUUUCUUCGACCGGGACAAUCGUAUGAAGUACAACGUGAUCCCUGGCUGGGCGGACAGUAUUAACAUGGAGCUAGCGAAGCGUAUCACCGCACCUUUCCUCACCAUCCGGGCACUCGAUUCAAUAAACCCGGGUGCGAAGGAUGGCUUCGAGGAGACGGUGGCCGUACUGACGGAAUCGAACCCCCGUUAUGAGGUAGCUUACGUGAAGGGUACCCAUCACGUUCAGCUGACGGAACCGGAAAACUGUGUACCGCCGUUGGUGGCCUUUUUGCGCAAAUAUUGGCGCAAAGAGCCGGAGGUUUUGAGUCGUCUGUGAGAGGCUACCUGGGGGUAGAUGAUAAGGGGUGGAAUGAUAAGAGGGAAAUUAGGAACUAACAUUUAUUGCUUUCAAGUGCUGGACGGAAUGGGACAGGACGGGUUAACUGGAAAUAAAAACGAUCACGCACGUGUUCGUGCGAAUGCUCGGA